CGAAGCACAGGAGGUAUUUAAGCCCCUGCAGAGCCCCUUGAAACCUCUUCUGAGCUCCAAACCCCGAGGGCUGAGGACACAGGGGGUGGUUUCCUUACCUUUUCAGCAGGGGACCACUUUCAGCUGACUGGUAGAGCCACUAUGACUGAAACAACGGGUUACUCAGGGAGUGGGUUUGUCCACGUUAAAAACCCACACUUGGACUCGAUGGAGGAGGACGUCCUGUACCACUUGGACUUGGGAACGAAGACACACAACCUGCCAGCAAUGUUUGGGGAUAUAAAGUUCGUGUGCGUGGGCGGCAGCCCCAACAGGAUGAGGGCGUUCGCGCAGCUGAUGCAGCGGGAGCUGGGCCUGGCGGGCGCCGGGGAGGAGCUGCGGGACAUCUGCGCUGGCUCGGACCGCUACGCCAUGUACCGGGCAGGGCCCGUGCUCUCCAUCAGCCAUGGGAUGGGCAUUCCUUCCAUCUCCAUCAUGCUUCACGAGCUGAUCAAACUGCUGCACCAUGCGAAAUGCCGGGACGUUACCAUUAUCCGCAUCGGUACUUCGGGAGGCUUAGUUUGGCAGCAGGUCACGGGCGUUACGAGCUCCGGCUCAGCCUCCGUUUCCAUCUGCCCAGGGAUCGAGGCCGGGUCUGUUGUGAUCACGGACACGGCCGUGGACUCCUCGUUCCGGCCACGCUUCGAGCAGGUGGUGCUGGGUGACGUGGUGGUGCGAAGCACCGAGCUGGACAAGGAGCUGGCAGAGGAACUCCUCGCCUGCAGCAGGGAGAUCGCAGACUUCCCCACGCUCAUCGGCCACACCAUGUGCACCUACGACUUCUACGAAGGUCAGGGGAGAUUAGACGGUGCACUGUGCUCCUUUUCCAGUGAAAAGAAGUUGGAGUACUUGAGCAGAGCUUAUGACGCCGGCGUAAGGAACAUUGAAAUGGAGUCCUCAGCAUUCGCUGCCCUGUGUGGGCUGUGUGGCCUCAAAGCCGCAGUUGUCUGCGUGGCGCUCCUGGACAGGCUGGAGGGGGACCAGAUCCGGGCAUCCCACGAUGUGCUGUGGGAGUACCAGCAGCGGCCCCAGCGCCUGAUUGCAGCUUUCAUCCGCAAGCGCCUGGGGCUGGGCCCCGCACACUGACCAUGGC